ACGUCUCCUUCCUGUAAUACUGUUUCCCUCCAUACAGUUAACCGUGCUACAAACGCAGCUUUGGAUUGUAAUAAACUUAAACCACAUAAGUUAUGUUAUUCAUAACUCUUUAGGUUGAUGACAAAGACAACGAAGAAUUGUGGGGAAAACGACUCUGACGCAACACCGACUCAGAUGACAGUGUUCUCUCUGCAUUCUGAAAAUCAUGCUUCCCCGGGCGGGUAAAGAGUUUCUUGUUCGCAUACGGUUUUCCUGGAAGCCACUUUUCCAGGGCCGGUACCUUCUGAUGACCAACACCGUGAGUGGAGGAAUCAUGCUGUCGCUGGGCGACAUCCUGCAGCAGACUCGGGAAAACCACAGACAGCCGGGCAGAGUCCGAGACUGGGGGAGGACAGGCCGUAUGUUUGUGGCUGGCUGCUCCAUGGGUCCACUCCUGCACUACUGGUACAUUUGGCUGGACAGAGUAUAUGUGGGCAAAGCUAUAAAGACCUUGAGCAAGAAGGUUCUGGUGGACCAGCUGAUUGCCUCACCAACACUGGGAAUGUUAUAUUUUGUAGGUAUGGAUCUUUUGGAGGGACGCACUUUAUCCGAAGGAUGGGCGGAGUUUAGAGACAAGUUCUGGGAAUUUUACAAGGCGGACUGGUGUGUUUGGCCUGCCGCUCAGGCGAUCAACUUCUACUUUCUCUCUCCCAAAUUUCGUGUGGUGUACAUCAAUUUCAUCACUUUGGGGUGGGACACAUACCUCUCCUAUCUCAAACACAGAAGUGAAAACCAGCAUGCUGACCUGGCAUCAGACAGCAGUUCUGUGGAUUCACAGCAGGAAAAACUCCCAUCAUCUAAACCUCUGGAGGAGAAGCAAGUUCAUCCUCAGCUUUAAAGUUCAUUGGAUGGAAAAGAUCGUUUUGCUGCUUUUAUGAGUUUGGACUUGAUUUACUCCCAGUGCAAAAUGCUGUAGGUGGUGCAUGGUGCCUGUAGUUUACUAUUCAGAUGACCCCGUUUAACCAUCUGAUGAGUUCUGGAUGUUUAAGUUGAACUUCCGAAGCACUUUCUUCCCCUCAUGCCUGAGUAAUCUCGAUGUGUUUCUUUCCAGUUUUUCUAUUUCUGUCUGAAUGUUCGCUCCUGUAGGAGCAUUCAGGGAUGAAAAGUAAUUACACUGCCGUCGCUUUCUGUACUUUCCAGCCUGAAAAUCUCUUAUCCAGGUGUUGGUGGCGGGAAGCAUGAAAUCUCCAGUUUUUAAAGAAGUGUUGUCUUUGUGUGAUGUUGCCUCCAAAGCUUAAAACUGAUAUUCAUGUCUGUCAUGUAAGAAUUGGUACUGACGUAAAACAGUUUUUAAUACCAAGCUGUGUUAACCUGUGUGAACUUUGCCUUAAUACGUAGUCCUGUACUACACUUGUUAUCAUGCCAAAUAUUUCCUACCUAGUCAGUUUAUCCUGUUAGGGAACCUGUAAAAUGAUGCAUGACUUCUAUAAAAUAUCAAAUCACACAAAUCAUCAGCUGUAAAUAUAAACUUGAAUACUGGUGAACUGAAGAUUGAAAAUGUUUUUUUUAACUGUCCAGUAAUUUUACACUGUGACUUUAAAAUGAAGCGAACAUAUUGUAUGUUUUCACCAGCUGAUUGAUGAAUGACAUCUCUUAUUUGGCUGGUCCAGUGUUUUUAUAGGUUUACGUGUAAGAAGAAGAAAAAAAAAGAUGAUGAAAAUCUGAGAAGCAUCUGUAUUAUAUUAAGUUGUUAACUCUAUUGUUGGUGCUGCUGUGGUCAUACUGUGAAGGAUGAUGUCAGCUGUCUCCAGAUGAAAAUAAUCAUUGGUGUCUGUACUGUAUCUAUAGAUGAGGGACCACAAAAACAUAUACUUUGUAGGACUUUAAACUGAAUUUGGAUAAACUUUUAUGUCUUUUUAAUUUCUUUUCUUUUUUUUUUAUUGAAAUAUAUAAAAAUAUAUAUA